UUUAUACAUACAUACAUACAGCAACGGAAGGUUACAAACACGGGUGCGUUCCGUAUUUUUCUGUCGGUGAAAUGUGUGUAUGAAUGUGUGCGGUAUGAUAGGAAGGGGAACGCGAUUGUUAGAACGAAACGGACGCCUACCAAGAUCCAAAAUCGAAAUCCUCCUCAUUCUAACGUUUACUGUUGAUCCGAAAACAAGCUAGGAAAUUUAGUUGCAUUUUUUUUUUGUUUGACUGGAAGACUGCCAAAUUUUACUGAUACAAUUAUGUCUCGAAAACAAGAUACGACUCCCCUACAAGAGGCCUUUAAGAAACAACCCCAACUUAUAACUACUUACGACCAGAAAAAUGGAGGUGUUAAAACAGAUAUAAUAAUGGCCAAUUAUAAGUGCGAAAAGAACGAAGUCCCUGUAUCGACGGUAACGUUAGCUAAUGGCUCCACUGUACCCCUGGUUGCUAAUCCGCCCAAGGAUGAGGAGCUCGGAGAAUACGAUCCGUUCCAGCACCGGAAAUUGGACCAUCCAACUUCGGAUUUGGAUACACUUAUUCAUCUCUUGAAGGGCAGUUUGGGGAGUGGUAUUCUGGCCAUGCCUCUCGCUUUUGCCCACGCUGGUCUGGGAUUUGGGUUGUUUGCCACAUUAGCUGUAGGAGCCAUUUGCACAUUUUGUAUCCACAUCUUGGUGAGAAGCGCUCAUACGCUCUGUCGAAGAAGUAGAAUUCCCUCAUUAGGCUUCGCUGAGGUUGCUGAAGCAGCCUUCCUUGCUGGACCAGAAUGCUUGCACCAAUGGUCUCGAUUUGCAAAAGCAAUGAUUAAUCUGUUCCUUGUCAUCGACUUACUAGGAUGUUGUUGCGUAUAUAUUGUAUUCGUGUCAGAAAAUUUGAAGCAAGUAGUAGACUUUUACACUGGAAGCCAUAUGGAUUUGAGGUUAUACAUGGUGGCACUUUUACCGUUUUUGAUUUUAUUGAAUCUAGUUAGAAAUUUGAAAUAUUUGGCACCAUUUUCUAUGUUGGCAAACAUAUUGGUUGGUUGUGGAAUUGGAAUUACUUUCUAUUACAUAUUUGCUGAUCUUCCUCCAGUGAGCAGUAGAAAUAUUGUUGUAAGUGCCCAUCAGUGGCCUAUGUUCUUCGGAACUGCAAUUUUUGCGUUGGAAGGAAUUGGUGUCGUUAUGCCUUUGGAAAAUAACAUGAAAACUCCAGAUCAUUUCAUCGGUUGCCCUGGAGUGCUAAAUACCGGAAUGUUUUUCGUCGUGCUUUUGUAUUCUUCUGUCGGAUUUUUUGGAUAUCUCAAAUAUGGCGAAGAAACCAGAGGGAGCAUAAGUCUUAAUCUUCCCCAAGAUGAAAUUUUGGCUCAAAGCGUGAAACUUAUGAUUGCUCUUGCAAUUUUUAUUACCUACAGCUUACAAUUCUACGUGCCAAUGGAAAUAAUCUGGAAAAACUUGAAGCAAAACUUUGGUGCAAGAAAAUUGAGAGUUGAAUAUGCCGUUCGAAUUGCGAUAAUAUGUGGAACAGUAGUCAUUGCUGUUGCAAUUCCUAACCUUGGAGGAUUUAUUUCCUUGGUUGGUGCUGUGUGCCUUUCUACUCUUGGCCUUAUAUUCCCAGCAAUAGUCGAUUUAGUAACAUUCUAUGAAGAACCAGGUCUUGGCAGAUUCAACUGGAGAUUAUGGAGAAAUGGAUUUUUGAUUGUAUUUGGAUUGAUCGGUUUUCUCACAGGCAGUUAUGUCAGCAUUCAAGAAAUUAUGGGAAGCCAAGAUGACUGAUUUCCUUAAGGAAUACAUUGUCACUUCAUGGUCUGAAGAGAGACAAUAACAUUUUAUACCCAAUAGCUAUUGAACAUCUUUGUAGAAUAACACGUAAAAUCGUUCCUUAUAGAUAGCAAGCGGUCUUUAGAAAGGCCAUAUUAAAUUAAAUUUUAUAAUUUGACUGUUCAAUCUGUGAUUUUUAUACAGGUUAAACGUAAGUUAAUAGUAACGAUUCGGCACAAGCACCGCCUUCUCGUGACAAUUGAAGGUAUAUAAUAUAUGUAAUAAGUAUUUAUUUCGUCAAAUUGUGAUUGUCUACACACUUUACCGUAUUAAGAUCGAAUUGAGUUCUAAAUUAAAUAGGUACAGUAUUCUGGUUCCACGAGAACUAAAUAUUUUUAACUAACAAUAAUGAGAACCAUCAUUCUUAAAUAAACAAUCUCAGAGAAAUAAGAAAUAAAAAAAUAAACGAAAGAAAUCUAUAUUUUAGAGAAGUUCCUUAUGCUUUGUUAGAUCAUGAGUAGGAGUUGUUGUGAAUAUUUUAUUUCAGUUGUUAAUUUUCUACUACCUACCUUCAUUAUUUAUUAGAGAAACAUUUUAUCAUUAAUUUCGUAGUUUUUGAAAAGUUCCAUGAUUUAUUUUUAUCAAAAUCGAAAAUGCAAUUAGUUUUCUCCUUAUUUUCCUAAUGAUUUACUUGGUUAUCAUACUAUAGAAGCACAGUUCUGGCUUCAGGUAUCUCAUGCGUCCUUUAUUAAUCGAAAAGGCUUAUGUAAACCAUGGAAUUUUUCUUAUUUGGAUUUAUUAUUUUUACAGUAGAACAGUAGCAAUUCA